CAGACCGGAAGACUCUGUGGUUCAGUCCGCGCCGUGGUGCAGCCUGGGUAGCCGCUCUCCGCCAUGGCGUCCCGUGCCCUCUGUAUGUGUGUCCGCUCUGCUCUCCGUCCCCUUCCCCGUCGUUCCGCGCAUGUCCUGGGCGCAGCCGCCUGCAGGCAACGCUCGUCCCUGGCAAGGCCUUCAACGAUAGCCCCAAUCCUCGCACCUCAGGUUUCCGGCUCCCUGCUUCAGUUGUGCCGCCAGUAUGGAGACCUCCCACCCCUCACGCUGGAGAGCAUCUCUGAGCGGGUUUUAUACGUGUUGAAGUUGUACGACAAGAUUGACCCAGAAAAGCUGGCUGCGACCUCGCACUUCAUGAAAGAUCUGGGAUUGGACAGUUUGGACCAAGUUGAAAUAAUCAUGGCGAUGGAGGAUGAGUUUGGCUUCGAGAUCCCAGACGCAGAUGGCGAGAAGCUGAUGACACCGCAGGAGAUCGUAGAUUACAUUGCAGAUAAAAAGGACGUUUAUGAAUGAGCUACACGUUACUUUGUGUUCACUGACCCUCUUUGUCUCCAGGUAGCUUUGGUAGGCGCUCCGUGACCGCGUCUGCAUGCAGAGGCUCAGCAGCUGCCGUCGGCACUUCCAGAAUCCUGUAUUUAAGCUGUCUGAAUGUGUUGGACUUUAAUAAAUGUGUAAAAAAAGAAAUAA